CCACCGUCCGUGCGAUAUCCGCCGACGCCUCAACGAUGGCGGUCAACUCCGUCCGUAUCGCCGCCGCUCAGAUGACAUCUAUUAACGAUCUUGCUACCAAUUACGCCACAUGCUCUCGUCUUGUCAAGGAAGCAGCCUCAGCUGGGGCAAAACUUCUUUGCUUUCCUGAAAACUUCUCAUUUGUUGGUGCAAAGGACGGGGAUAGCCUUAAAAUCGCCGAACCUCUAGAUGGACCAAUUAUGAAAGGGUAUUGUGCUCUUGCAAGGGAGUCAAACAUGUGGCUGUCGCUUGGAGGAUUCCAAGAAAGAGGGUCCGAUGAUGCACACUUAUGUAAUACUCAUGUUUUGAUUGAUGAUGCUGGAAAUAUUAGAAGCACCUACCGGAAGAUGCAUAUGUUUGAUGUGAAUGUUCCUGGAGGUGCAGUCUUUAAGGAGAGCAGUUUUACAGACGCAGGGAAGGAGAUAGUUGCCAUGGAUAGUCCCUUUGGACGUUUGGGUCUGACCGUAUGCUAUGAUUUGAGGUUCCCUGAGCUUUAUCAACAGCUACGGUUCCACCAUGGUGCAGAGGUUUUGUUAGUUCCUGCUGCAUUCACAAAAGUAACUGGUGAGGCACACUGGGAGAUCCUUCUUCGUGCUCGUGCCAUAGAGACUCAAUGUUACGUUAUAGCUGCUGCACAAGCAGGAAAACAUAGUGAGAAGAGAGAGAGUUUUGGUGAUACAUUAAUAAUUGAUCCUUGGGGGACCGUGAUUGGUCGUCUACCAGAUAGGGUAUCAACAGGAAUUGCUGUUGCAGAUAUUGACUUUUCAAUGAUCGAAUCAGUGAGAACGAAGAUGCCAAUUUCCCAGCAUCGGAAGCCCAUCGAGUUCUGGAAACAAGCUUCUGUGUGAAUGAUGGCGAAACAUCAUGUCCCGGCGCCAAAUUCAAUUGCCUUUUCGGUAUCAUUAUUCUGUUCCAUCAUUUCUACAAACACUAGAAGUUUUCUUCGAGUUCAUUAAGAACCAAUGCUUUUUAACUUCUUUCUAGUGGGCUUCGCUUUUACGCUAUCCUUGCAAGCUCUAUGUUAUCGCAUAGUACUCGAGGAGUUGGCGCAAAUGUGUUGAAUAGUCUUUAAUAUCGGGAAUGUUUGUUC